UGACACUUUUUUGAAAGAUGUCUAUGAACGGAGUAAGGGAUAUUUGAAAUGUGGAAAGAUGGAAGUUACCUCUAAAAAUUUUAAAGAAGCCUUGAAAAUUUUUGAAAAUGAUUUGAAAGAUGUUAGCUUCAUUGCUGUUGAUACAGAAUUUACUGAUUGUCAGUAAAUAUGCUGUAAUUCAAUAUGGAGUAUGCUAUUUUACUUAUAAUUCUGAAUCUAAAAAAUAUAUUUAUAAACCAUUUAACUUCUAUGUUUUUCCUCAUUCAUUAAUCUCUUAUGGACAUGACCGUAGUUUUAAUUGUCAGGCAUCAUCAUUGAGUUUUCUUGCUGAACAAGGCUUUGAUUUCAAUAAACUUGUAAAUGAAGGUAUAUCCUAUUUAAAUGUAGAAGAAGAAGAACGAAUUAAAACAAAAAUAGUUGAAAAACAAGAAGAAAGAUUGAGACAGAAUGCUAUGUCAUCAAAAUCAACAGAAAAAGAACCAAUGCAAAUACCAGAGGAUCAACAAUCGUUUAUUGAUGACAUAUUAAAGAAAGUUGAGGAAUUUGUCAAAACAGAAAAUAUGACACUCAAGUUAUCACCUUGUAGUAGUUUUCAAAGAAAAUUAUUAUAUGAAACAUUAAAAAACAAAUAUCCAUCAGGCUUGGAAAUGGAAACACAAGUAAUGGAAAAUAAUGAUAGAUAUAUAGUACUAACAAAAGCAACAAAAGAAGAUAUUCAGAAAAAAUUACAUUUGAAAUUUGAAUCUGAAUUGAGUGAACUUGGUGAUGCUGUUGGUUUUAGUAAAAUUAUUAAAUUAAUUUCAAAAUCAAGAAAACUCGUUGUUGGACAUAAUAUAAUGUUAGACCUCAUGUAUACAAUAAAUAGUUACAUUUAUCCUUUACCUCAGGAAUAUAAUGAUUUUAAAGAGAUGUUGAAAUGCACAUUCCCACAAAUUUUAGAUACGAAAGUAUUGGCCAAUUCUGAACAUUUGAAGGAUUCCAUCAAUAAUAGUACCUUGAGUAAUUUGUUAAAUAUUCUUCUAAAAGAUCCUUUCAAGCUUCCAGAAAUUGAAGCAGCAGCAGGAUUUGAAAAAUAUAAUUUAUCAGAUCAAUUACUUCAUGAAGCUGGUUAUGAUGCAUUCAUUACAGGAGUUUGUUUAAUUGGAAUGUGCCAACAUUUAAGUUCUCUUUCAUCAGAUAAAUCUAUUUUUCCUGGUUUUUCAUCUGUGACACCUUAUAUAAAUAAAUUUUAUAGCAAAGAGCUAAUAGGAUUUUUAAUGAUGAGCCAAGAUAUUCCCUAUUUUAAUUUAGAUGGAGAAGACUUAAUGCCAGAUAGGUACAAUGUAUUCCAUGUAAGUUUUCCAAGAGAAUGGAACCAUUGUGAUCUUCGUGAAUUAUUUUUCCCAUUUGGACACAUACAAAUCUCAUGGAUAGAUGACACAUCAGCUUUUGUUGCUUUAAAGGAUCCUGAUCAGGCAUCAAAAGUUAUGAAAAGACUUACAAAAGGGAAGAAUAUUAUUUAUAAAGUAAGAUCAUUUGCUGAUUACAAAAGAGGAUCAAACAUAUCUCUCACAAAAUCUGAUUCUUCAUUACCAUGUUCUGAUGUAAAUUUACCUGUUAAAAGAAAAAAAAGCAGCAGAAAUGCAGAAAUUACAUCAUCCGUACGAACUAUUGAUCCAAUUCCUGAAGAAGAUGAAGAGGCGAAAUCUUCAGAUUCUGAACCCCAAAGUAAAAUUCCUAAACGAGAUGAAUCAACUGUUGAAAUGGAACUAACACAGAACAAAGAACAGAAUACAAAAAAAUUAUUUGAAGAAGAAGAUAACUGGUGAUUUCAAAAACAAAUCAUAACAUUACAAUUCAGAAAGGAAGACAACAUUUUUUCAUUGAUUUUAUUUUUUUGUUUAAAAGUAUUUAUGUGCCUAAUUUAUAUAAAUAUAAUUUUUAAAAUUUGGGAAUAUAAAGAUUUAAAAAAGAACAAUCUAAAAAU